AUGGAUGAAUUGGAGUGCACGUCACUCCUUGACGGGGUGCGCAAAAUUCUAGCCCGUUCUACGGGCGGCUCCGGAGACUUGAGUGAGUUCGGUGGAGUCGUCUUGCGGCAAUUGCCGGUAGCUCAGAGGGUGGUUCCCCAGGAAGAUAUCCGGGGCGAAGUUAUGGAUUUCAUUGUGCAACAAAUUGAAGACACGGAUCUCUCUCCGACUUAUGUUUGGGCCCUGGCGACUAAGGUCGCGAACAAAAUUUCCGAGGCCAUACUAUCAAACAUACAAAUUAACGCUUUGAAUGAAGUCUCGAAGAAGGAACUGGAUAGUUUGUGCACCCGAAUCGAGGCGGAUCCCUCUAUUCUGGAGGUCCGAGCAAGUUCUUCCAGCAUCUCGGUCAAAGCGCUCCGAAACGCUAGGAGAACGAUGGAGGAUCGCCACGUCUUGAUCACAGAUUUGAACCAAGUGGCCGGGCUGGAGGCUUCACCAUCCUACGAAUACUUCGCGGUAUUCGAUGGUCACGGAGGACGAGAAGCGGCGAAUUAUUGUGCUGCACACCUGCACUUGGUCUUGGCCGAACAAAUUCGGUCCGGGCUCCCAGCACCGGCAGCCAUAGAGAAGGCUUUCAAAAUCGUCGAUGCUAACUUCUGUGAUAGAGCAUUGGAGAUGGCUCGCAAGGCCGGCAGCACUGCUGUCGUGGCGCUAAUUGUCGACAAAAAGACUCUCCACAUCGGAUGGCUGGGUGACUCGGAGGCGGUUCUGGCACGCGAUGGGCAAGCCCUUGGCUUGGUGAAACCCCACAAACCGUCAGUCAUUUCGGAACAGGAGCGCAUCGAGCGCCUGGGGGGAGAAGUAAUCUCUCUGAUGGGCGUGCAUAGAGUCAACGCGAACCUGGCCGUGUCCAGGGCGAUCGGUGACGUGGAACACAAGCCGUACGUUUCGAACGACGCCGAGGUCAACACUGUAGAGCUCGAUGAUGCCUGCGACUUCCUAGUUCUCGGAUGCGACGGAUUAUUCGACCUCAUGAGCUACCAGGACGUUGUUGUUAAUGCUUAUCAUUCGGCACUGACCCGUCGUUUCGAUACGAGCGUUGCAGAAAAUCUCACUAGGGCCGCUAUAUCAAACGGAUCCACAGACAACGUCACAACGAUUGUGGUCAAUUUGAGAGACCCCAAGAAAUGGCACUUCGAAAACGUCGUAUUCCCCAAGUCCGAAGCUGCCGCCGCCGUCGCCGAUCGAGUCACUCCUUCAACUGGCAAACAACUGAACGGUUCCUGUGAAACAGUUGCUGCGAGUCUCUCCCUUACAGGUGGUGAUUCGUCGCCAGUCAGGGAAGUUGCCGCAGGGUUCGUAAGCGACGCAGUCGAAAUGGCACUCAGCAAAGUCAACGGGACGCCGCCCAGCAAUUUGGACCCCGUAUGUGAUCUCUCCCCACCCGAAGAAGAGCAGCGAGAUCUGAGGGCGAGUCUCAAAGACGACACCCCUGAAGCGGAUAGGCUGAACCCAGACGCCCCUGAGUUCGUGCCGUCCUUCCCGACGGCCUCAAGAGCUCCGGAGCUCCCGAAUCAGUCGUCGUCCGAUGAGAACAACGGAGCAACAGUUAUUACUGCAUCGCCGGCAACCGGAGGCAUGCCUAAAUCGGAGUCGCGGGAUGAGCUCGUCUACGAAAUCGAUCGUGAACUCGGGACGGCUCCACAAGCAGUGCAGGCAGAACUGGUGAAUCUAGAUGUUUCUUCAGGAGCGAGCGUUUCCGCGAUGAAAGCUGCUGAUGGCCUUUCGGACAGUGACGAAGAUUUGAAUUCGAUGGUGGUGCACGAAGAUCAGCCCCAGCCCGAGAUCAAGCUGAGCGAGCUGAUAGUUCGCGAGCAGCAUAUCCAUGUGAUUCCGGAAGAAUCGCCGAGCGAAGAACAGACCUCUCCGCUACCAGCAACGGAAGCCAUGAUCGGUGCUCGUGAGCCCUUGAUCGGUCGAGACGGUGUAGUCGAUCAACUCGUCGAUCUCUCGGGAGAAUCGGAAACUUCAGCUCGUGCACAAGCUUCCGGGGAUGCUGAGCCUGUUUUCGGUUCAGCGAAAGGGUUGGACGAGGCUGCCGCAGGAAGUUCGCAGAACGUUGUCGAGAGCCCACGUGUUUGCGAAGAUCUCGUCGAUCUUGCAUCCCAAGUCCUCGAGGCGGACGUCCUCGAGCGAAUUGAGUCAAGCGAACCGUGCAAGCCAGCCUGUGGAGCUCACGAGGCUCACGCUCCAUUGAAAAUUGAGGAUUCGCAAUAUUUGUUCUCGGCAGAAGUCGGCGUUCACGAAGAAACCAUCGUUCCUCGAGCUCAGCCGCUUCUUUUCGAAAACGAGGAGCCCAAAUUAACGGAGCAUUCCCUCAUUGACGCGAUGGAGAACUUGAUGCUCGAUGAAGGGCCGAAGGUUGUGGACGCCAUAGAAAAGCCUCCGAGAGCUCCGGCCCCAGCCAAUGUGGUCCCAGAACGAGCUCCUGGAGAAGUGGUCCCGGAGGAGCACAGAGCUGAACAGCAUCCCGAUAUUGAAGCUCACAGCAUCGGACUCGAAUCAGUCAAAGACGUCGUCGAGAAAUUAUCCGCUGUUGGCGAGACGAAGGAAGAAGCCGUCGGGGCACCCGUCAUCCCUGAUUCUAUUCCCGAAGCCGAAGGAGUCCUGGACGUCGAUUCUGACUCUGACAACGACGCUCAGGAAUGGAGUUUCGUGAAACCCGUGGAUUCACGCGUUCAGACUGCCGAGACGCAAAAGCUCUCCCCCGCAGCGGUAACAUCGGCGACUGCUGCAGUUGUUGCCGCGACAUCCGUAGCUGCCGCAGCCGUGGCGACCAUGGCGAAGCCGGCGCGGGAAACAGCCUCAACCACGACACCUACAUCGACACGGAAAGCAGCGGAGAAGGCGACGACCCCGAGCUCGAAAUCUGUCAAGAGCAAAGCAAGCCCAGUGAAAGCUCCGACCAGCACGAGUGGCACACCAGCUGUCAGAGCUGCCGCGAAAGUUCCCGCUUCAUCGAAAACUGGUGUAAGGUCCCCAGCGGCGCCCCAAGCUGCUGGUAAGCUCGCGACUCCGCGAACGCCCAUUGCAGGCGCAAAACCCGCUGCUCCAGCCAAACCGAAAGUCACUAAGGCAUCACCUGCUGCUGCUGCUGCCGCGAAACCCUCUCUGCCUACGAGCCCAAAAACAACAGCCACGGAUAAAGUCUCAUCCGUCUCGAGACCUAUUCCAAGUAGAGCAGCGUCUGCGACGAAACCCGUGGCUUCAACUGCUGCGAAGAACCCUUCAGCUCCAGCGACCCGCGCCCCCCUGAGCUCCAGAGCACCUACGACGACUUCGACAGCAGUAUCCGCGGUGCGGCCUGUCGCUGCGAAAUCUGCAGCUGCGAGAACCAAUGCUAAGGCUGCGGCAACCUCAUUGACAAGUGCGAACAAACCUACUUCCGCAGCUCUUACGAAGAAAGUUUCUGCUCCUACUGUACGUCCCGCCCCGCCGAAACCGACUGCAGCUGCUACGGGUCCGAAGAAAACCGUCACGAGCGGUGCAACAACAGCCAGCGCACCCGCCGCACGAGUGGCUGCGGCCCGGGUGGCGGCGACGGCGGCGAUGCGAAGCGCUCCGAAAACGACGGCAAGUGCCGCAACCACGGUCUCAUCCGCGAAACCAAAGAGUGGAACAGUCAAGACGACGUCGAGCGUUGGAAGCAGCAAAACAGCCCCGAAGUCGCCUGUGAAAAAGAACGUCAAGUUGGAAAAAAAAAGUGAACCAAUCGCUCCCCCUGUUGCUGUCGAACAGGUUGCAAAGGAAAACGGGAGCCAGACCGCUCCUCCCCAGACCAACGGUCAUCCUCCAUCUCAUACACAAGACAACAGUUCGAACCCCAACGAGCUCGGACCCACCGGGUCACCUGGGACCGCAGAACAAGGAGACGUCGUCGUAUAA